GCUCCAGCUGGCCUGCUCAUACAGACUGUUAGAAUAUUUAUACAGUUCAAACUGCCCUGUUGACUUUCUUCGUUGCUACUAUGCAGUUUUCAUAUCUCGCCCUUCUUUGCCUGGGUGUCCUACACGCAGCGCUGUUGCUGGCGGAGGGAAACGGCGACGUGCUCGAGCUCGGGGACGCAGAUUUUGAGCGGCGUGUAGCCGAGCACGAGACCCUGCUCGUGGAGUUCUUCGCGCCGUGGUGUGGUCACUGUAAGAGGUUAGCUCCUGAAUAUGAAGCAGCUGCUACUAGACUAAAGGGCAUUGUGCCCCUGGCAAAGGUUGACUGCACUGCCAACUCUGAGACUUGUGAGAAAUUUGGGGUGAAUGGGUAUCCCACUUUAAAAAUCUUUCGAAAUGGCGAAGAGGCCUCUGCAUAUGAUGGUCUCCGAACAGCAGAUGGCAUUGUGAGCUAUAUGAAGAAGCAGGUUGGCCCAAGCUCUGUAGCUUUACACAGUGAAGCUGAUUUGGAUGCUUUCAUUAAUGUUUUUGAUUCCAGUGUUGUGGGCUUUUUCUCAGAAAGUGAUAAUCUACAGCUUGCUGAGUUUCUGAAGGCUUCAAGUGCUUUAAGGGACAGCUAUCGAUUUGCCCACACCACAGACCUGGGAAUAGGACAAAAACAUGGCGUGGACAAAGAGUGUGUACUGCUUUUUCGGCCUCCUCACAUGAGCAGCGUGUUUGAGGAUAGUGUGCUGACGUUUACUGACUCUGUCUCAGCCUCUACGCUACGCACAUUCCUCAGGGAGAACAUCUUUGGCCUUUGUCCUCAUCUGACCUCUGAAAACAGAGACAGUCUGAGAUCACAAGAUCUUCUUGCAGCCUAUUACAAUGUUGAUUAUGUACGGAAUCCAAAGGGUACAAAUUACUGGCGAAACAGGGUGAUGAAGGUGACGACUCAGUUCCUGUCUCGUGGGCUGAGUUUUGCUGUGGCUGACCGGGACGAGUUUCAGGAGGAGCUGGAGAAGGAGUUCGGACAGCAGUUAUCUAAUGGAGGAGAGAUGCCCCUUAUCACUAUCAGGACCAGAGCAGGACACAAGUACAUCAUGAAGGAGGAGUUUACGAGAGAUGGUAAAUCUUUGGAGAGGUUCUUAGAGGCUUAUUUUGCCAAUAGCCUUAAGAGAUACAUUAAAUCUGAGACAGUGCCAGAAACAAAUGAUGGCCCUGUCAAGGUUGUGGUGGCUGAUACUUUUAAUGAAAUUGUUAACAACCCAGAGAAAGAUGUUCUGGUGGAGUUUUAUGCUCCAUGGUGUGGUCAUUGUAAAAAUCUGGAGCCUACAUAUACAGAGCUUGGAGAAAAGCUGUCUGGUGAUUCCCAUAUUGUCAUUGCUAAGAUGGAUGCCACUGCCAAUGAAAUUCCUCCAAAUUAUGAUGUACAAGGCUUCCCAACUAUUUACUUUGUUCCUGCUAGACAAAAAGACCAACCGAGGCGUUACAAGGGUGGACGUGAGGUCAGUGAUUUCAUCAGCUACCUAAAGAAAGAAGCUACACAUCCACUGAUCAUUACCAAGCUAAGGGAUGACCUGUAAUUUAGCCCUGACAAUGAGAAAAGGCCAGGAUUUUAUCUGUGGACAAAGAGGCAUGUUUGUCUUUGUGUGCCCAGCUUAGCUUUUUUUUUUUUAAAUCAUGCUAUAAUGAUACCUGCCCAUAUUAUAUAUAUAUAUCCGAUAUAUAUAUCUCCACUAUUGCAUACAUGGACUAUAAAACAUCUGUAGUUAAGCUAUAAUUUCAGCAAUAGGAAUACAAAUAAGUUGAACCUGUAUCAUUGCAGUACUUGUUAUAAAGCCAGUCCUUUUUCCUGGAGGCCACAAUCUUCCUUGGUACGAGAAUAGUCAUGGAAGUGACUAUUUUACACUUACAGUUUGAAGAUUGUUUGUGUUGUGUAUUAAUGUAUUUGGAGCUACUAUAGUGUUAAGGACAAGGAAUAUCAAAUCUGACAUUUUACAUAUUGUAUUUUAAGUUCAGUUCUAUGGUUAUUGGUACAUAUUUGAUAGCUUCUAACAAAAAAAAUCAACUUAACUUUUAUAAAUGAAUGUGAAAUUGUAUCUAGAUUAAGACUAGGAAUAUGGACAAAACCAGCAUAAUGGGAUUUUUGGCACUCAUUGCAGGUAUACUGUGCUGCAUUUAUUUAACCUAAAUAUUUCUGCUUUUUCAAAACUUUUGUUUAAUCAAAAUGGCUACAGUUGUUUAGAAUUUUCUUUUUUUUUUUUUUUAGCCUGCACAUUUGCGGGAUGUGUCCUCCCAUGAUAUCCGCAUUGUAAAGGUCAUUAUAAAGGUAAUUCCCAUUUUUUUAUUUAGGACUAAUCUGUUUAUCCUAAUAAUGUGCAUGUUAGUUUACAUUUUAACUCUGUGUGUGUGUACACACAAUACAUACAGUACAGUUAUGUUCAAAAGUUAGUACCCCCUAUUUUAAUUUUAUUUUUUCUGUAAAAACAAAAAAAUCAUCUGAUCUUAUCAGGUCUUAAUAUUAGUCAAAUACAACCUCAGAUGAACAACAUAUAACUUUUUUCAAAGUGCCAUUAUUUAGCAAAAAUAAAAGGAAAAGAGAUAACAUGAGCAGUGCUAAGUACCCCAUGUUUCAAUAGCUUGUAGAUCCACUUUAGCAGCAUUAACUUGAAGUAACCAUUCUUGUAUGAUUUUAUCAGUCUCUCACAUCAUUGUGGAGGAAUUUUGAUGCAUUCUUCUUUACAAAAUUGCUUAUGGGUAAUUGUCUUCCAUGCUCAGUCUCAGUGCGCGUACAUUACUCAUGUGUCCAAGUUGUUCUGACAGACACACACUGUCAGAGAGCAGUGAUUCUGUUCCCCCUCUUUCUCCUCUCUUACCAGCCACGAUUCUUUGCAGUGUUGAAUUGCAGGUUAAUUUGUUUUAUUUUUAUUUUAUUAUAUGAAUUAUUUUAUAUGAAUAUUUUUAGGCUGUGGACAAAUCAUCUGCGUUUCCUUUCAUUCUUUUGGGGAAAUUCACUUUGAUAUACAAGUCUUUUGGAUUUCAAGCACGCUACCAGAACGAACUAUGCUGGCAAUCCAAGGUUUAACCGUAUAUACUGUUUUUCUGGAGUUGUAUUUCCCUAAUAUUAAGACCCGAUAUGAUUAGAUAAUUGUUUUAACAUAAAAACCUCAGACAAACCCUACCAACUUUUGAACAUAACUGUACAUACACACAUAUGUACAUGUAUUUGAAACGUGCAUUAUCUUAAACACUGUCAGUAGCACUACUUUGUAACAACGGUCUUGAUAAACCACAUUAAUCAAAGGAAAGACAUACCAUAGUUUCUUCUCAUGAGGAAAUUACUACAUGUUUAAAGUGAAACAGCUUGUACUCAGCACUACCUCUUUACACAAUGUACUGUAUUUUAUUUUGUUCUUUAAAUCUGAUUAAAUAAAAACGAUGUCGA